GUUUAAAAGUCACUGCUCUUGUUUUCGGUAUACCUGCUGGCCGAAUUGAGUCAUCGCUGUUGAUACUGAUCUUGUGAUUAGAUUAAUGGGUUUUAUUUUUUAUUUUCUGCGGAGUGUUACUAUACUUUAAAGAAAUUCUGGGAAUAAUUUAAGCGGAAUUCCGAAGAGAUACAUCUGAAGAGAGCAGUUGAAUAUGGCUAAUAUUUUCCCCUGGUCUUCAACGGCAUUUGAUAAGUUGUUUGAAAAAGCGACGAGUCAUUUAUUGUUAGAACCAGAUUGGGAAAGCAUUCUGCAAAUCUGUGACAGUAUACGUCAAGGUGAUGUGCAACCAAAAUAUGUUGUUUCUUGCAUAAAGAAAAAGUUGUCUGCUCAAAAUCCUCAUGUAGUUUUGUAUACCUUGCAGGUUUUGGAAUCUUGCAUGAAAAACUGCGGGAGUCCUUUCCAUGUAGAAGUAGCAACUCGACCAUUUAUGGAAGAGUUGAAAGAUUUAGUAAAGACCACUGUCAAUGAGAAUGUACGGAAUAGAGUUUUAGAGCUAAUACAGAUUUGGGCUCAUGCUUUCCGCAAUGAACCAAAAUAUCGGGCUGUACAAGACAUAUUUAACAUGUUAAAAAUGGAAGGUUUCAAAUUACAAGUCCUGAAAGAAAGUGAUGCAAUGUUUAUUGCUGAUACUGCUCCCGACUGGGCAGAUGGAGAUUGUUGUCAUCGUUGUAGAACACAGUUCUCUGCAUUUAACAGAAAGCAUCAUUGUCGAAACUGUGGACAAAUAUUUUGCAGUAAGUGCUCUUCUCGUUCUUGUCCAAUUCCUCGUUUUGGUAUUGAAAAAGAAGUAAGAGUGUGUGAAGCUUGUUGGGAAAAGUUAAACAAACCAUCCACUAUUCCAAAGUCAGUUUCUCCAAAUCCAGAGCUAUCUCCUCAGUCAAAUUCUCAAGAAACAACACCUGCAAAUCGUAAGAGCGAGCAAGAAUUAAAAGAAGAAGAAGAUCUACAAUUAGCUCUUGCUUUGUCCCAAAGUGAAGCUGAAAGUAAAGAGAAACAAAAACUAUCUAAAUCAUCAUCCUAUGCUCCUUUUGCAAUUCCUGAGGAAACUGUUGCUCCUGAGAAAAAACCUUCUCCGGUUGAUACUGAACUUGAUCGGUAUUUAAAUCGUUCUUACUGGGAACAGCGACAACAGCAGCAACAGCAAACAAAGGAUGAAACUGUUACAUCUCCAACUGAAACAAGAACCAGUCCUACUCCAAGUGCACCUGUCUCAAAUUCAGUGCCUUCAAAUCGAAUAAAUGAGAAAUAUCAAAAUGGAGAUGUGGAUGAGCUUGCAGAUUUCUUAGCAAAUCUACGAACAACUGUUGAAAUCUUCGUCAAUCGGAUGAAAAGCAACUCUAGCAGAGGAAGACCCAUAGCUAAUGAUACUCAUGUGCAGGCACUUUUCAUGAAUAUAACUAACAUGCAUUCCCAACUUUUGAAAUAUGUUCAAGAGCAGGAUGAUUUAAGAGCCUAUUAUGAGAGAUUACAGGAUAAGUUAAAUCAAGCUCGUGAUGCAAGAGCUGCAUUAGAUGCUUUACGAGAAGAACAUAGAGAAAAACUCAGACGAGAAGCAGAAGAAGCUGAAAGAUUGAGGCAAAUCCAGAUGGCUCAGAAACUGGAGAUAAUGAGGAAGAAAAAACAAGAAUAUUUGCAAUAUCAGAGACAAUUAGCUAUACAAAGGAUGCAAGAACAAGAAAGAGAAAUGCAAAUGAGACAGGAGCAGCAAAAGCAGCAAUAUCAAGUUGUGCAGCAAGGAGGGGGAAUACCACAGGGAACUUAUCCUCCUCAGCAUACUUUUGCUCCUCCUACUCAGACUUUUACUACUGUUCUACCACCUAAUGGUGGAAAUGAUAUGACUGCUCAGCAACCAUAUGGGCCUCCUUUUAAACAACCCCAGCUACCUGGAGAUUAUCGUCCCCCAUAUAAUAUGCAAGUUUCAGCCUCUUUACCAUCAAUUCCGCCUGGAGCUCCUUUUCCACAACCACCUGGAGUUCCUACAACAGCUCCUAUGGGGCCUCAAAUGAUUAUGUCCCAAGGUCCACUGCCUCCUCAUAUGGGUAUGAUGCCUCAAGGUGUCCAGGUGGCUCAGCCUCCCAUGAUGCAGCAGAAUCCACCUGUCAGUUUACCAGAGAAUUUGCAGCAGUCCCCUCAACACCAAGCACCUCAGCCACCACCUCAGGAGCCUCAGUGUGAUCCUCUUAUAGUUUUUGAUUAAGUGACAUUUAUAUACUGUAGGAUUAUAAUUUUCUUUCAUUUUGUAUAAUUGAAUAAGUUAUACAAAAAUAUAUCUGGAGAAUGUUAGCAAAUUCUAUUGCUUUAAUACUUGUAUAUAUAAUUAAUUUUGGAUUAUAAGAAUGUUAUUCUUUUAGCAAUAUAAUGUUUAGUAAAAUAUUGGUUGUAAAUUAAAAGUUCAUUUGCUUUCUGUAUACAUCAAUAGCAAUUUAGUGAAGACCAAUAAAUAUUUAUCUUUGGAAAAA